AUGCGGAAAAAACUAGACAACCGGCUUCGGGUUUUGAUUGAAAAUGGCGUUGCCACAUGCCACCGAUCCAUGUUUGUUGUUGUUGGAGAGAAGGCCCGUGACCAAGUAGUUUUGCUACAUCAUAUUCUGUCCAAAGCUUCUGUUUCUGCUCGACCUUCUGUCUUAUGGUGCUAUAAGAAAGAACUCGGCUUCAGUUCCCACAGAAAGAAGCGUAUGCGAGAGAUCCAGAAGAAGGCCAAGCAUGGCAACAUUGACUUAAAGGUAAGUUACUUUAUAUAAUUGUGUAAAAUUAUUUUAUUUUAUACAUUUUCAUGGUUUAGGAAGAUGAUCCGUUUGAAAACUUUAUUGCUUCUACUGAAAUCAGAUAUUGUUAUUACUCGGAGACAGAAAAGAUUUUGGGUAACACUUAUGGAUUACUGGUUCUGCAGGAAUUUGAAGCAAUUACACCAAACAUAUUGGCAAGAACUAUCGAAACUGUCAAGGGAGGAGGUCUUGUCUUGUUGUUGUUACCUACAAUCAGUAAUUUGAAGCAAUUGUAUUCUAUUAGUAUGGUAAGCUUUUGAGUAUAUACUUUUAAAUUUAGUAUAUUUUAUUAAUGUUCAUUUCUUUAGGAUGUUCACAGCCGAUAUCGAACGUUUGCUCAUCAACAAGUUAUCAACAGAUUUAAUGAAAGGUUCAUAUUAUCAUUGACAGACAACCCGGACUGUGCUUUGAUCGACGAUCAGCUUAACAUCUUGCCCUUAUCUUCUCACAUUCUCAACUUGGAAGCUGUUCCACCGACUCUCAAGAUGACAAAGACUGAUUCUGAAGUCGAAUUGGACAGUUUAAAGGAGAAGAUGUCGGAUGUCAAGCCCUUUGGUACCAUACUAAAGGAGUGCAAGACUUUGUGUCAAGCUAAGGCGGUUCUUCGGUUAUUGGACAUUCUGACAGAACGAACAUCAUCAGCUAUAUGUGCUAUAACGGCUGCCAGAGGGCGUGGGAAGUCGGCUGCAUUGGGCUUGGCCAUCGCUGGAGCUGUAGCCUUUGACAUGACAACUAUAUAUGUAACCAGUCCAGCACCUGACAAUGUCAAAACGUUGUUUGAGUUUGUGAUUGAAGGCUUUAAAGCUUUGAAUUUGAAGGAGCAUAUUGAUUACACCAUCCAGUAUUCAAACCAAGCUCAACAGAAAGGUCUGAUCCUGGGCUUCCAAGUGUUCAAGAACCACAAACAGAUUAUUAAAGUAAGUUCAGUUGUUAAAUACAUUUAAUUUAGUAUUGUGAAAAUAACUAAUGAGUUUUUCAGUACCUUGAUCCUUCUGAACAUCAAAUAUUGACCCAGGGAGAACUUCUUGUUAUUGAUGAAGCUGCUGCUAUUCCUCUACCAACUGUCCAGAAUCUCACAAAAGGUAAGUCUUUAAAGUUAAAUCUUAUAAAAAGUUUAGGUAACAAUAUUGUGUUCUUCUCUUCAACAACUCAUGGCUAUGAGGGGACAGGAAGAUCGUUGUCUUUGAAGUUGAUCAGCAAGUUGAGACAGAAGUCGGUUACUAAUAAAGAAGGUGGAAGUCAUGUAGGACGAGUGCUACACGAGAUGAGUUUGGAAGAGAGUAUACGUUACAAAGCCGGGGACAACAUUGAGAAGUGGCUCUUCAAACUGUUGUGUUUGGAUGCCAUGAACAUUACCUACAAGAUCUCUGGCACGCCUCCUCCAGAAGUGUGCCAGUUGUACUAUGUUAACCUCGACUCCCUGUUUUCUUAUCACAGAGCGGCCGAGUUAUUCUUGUCAAAGGUGAUGAGCAUCUUCGUUUCAGCUCAUUACAAGAACAACCCCAAUGAUCUCCAGAUGUUGUCAGACGCCCCUUCCCAACACUUGUUCGUGCUCAUGAGUCCUGUGUCUAACGAGUCUACUGAUGUCCCAGAUGUAAGUUUUAUACUUUUACACUUUACAUUUAGCAUUAUCUGUUUAAAAUGUUGUAAUUGUUUAAGAGUUUUUAAAAAUAUUUAAUAUUUUAGGUAUUAGCAGUUGCUCAAAUAGUUCUUGAAGGUGAACUACCCGAACAAGUAACAAGUAAAGAACAAUCUAAGGGAAAGCGGGCAGCUGGUGAUCUAGUUCCUUGGACUUUGUGUCAAUAUUACCUUGUAAGUCGUGAGUUGUCAACAAAUUUUGUUGUGAUAGUUAUUAUUUCAAUUUUAUUUUGUACUUCUGGUAUAUAAUAUUUUGCUAUUCAGGACUACACUUUCCCUAAGUUGGCUGGAGCCCGAGUUAUUAGAUUGGCAGUUCAUCCAGAAGUUCAAGGAAUGGGUUACGGUGGAAGAGUGAUCGAACAACUCCAAGAGUAUUACGAAGGAAAGAUAGUUUGUGUUAACGAGAAGAGUGAGGAGGACUUCAAGAUUCACAACAUCAAGGUAUACUUAAUUUUAAUAAUAUUACAAUGUUUUAGAUACUUCCUUACAUAAUAUAUAUGGCUUUAUUUUAUGUUGCGAUUACUUUUAGAAUGACCUGGACGGAGGAUCUGAGUUGAAACCUCCAACAGAGUUACCUCCACUGCUCAGAGGGUUGUCUGAGAGGAGAGCUGAGCGACUUGACUACGUUUCAGUAUCAUAUGGACUUAAUGUAGAGCUUCUGAAGUUUUGGAAGAGGAAUGGAUUCAUUCCAGUCUACCUUCGUACUGUGCCUAGUCCAAUCACAGGAGAGUUUAGCUGUAUCAUGCUAAAGAGUUUGGAGAAUGAUGGAAACACUGAGAUCGAAAAGGGAGCUGAUUGGGUAUUCAAGUACAAUGCGGAGUUCAGAAGACGAUUCUUAUCACUUCUUGGGUAUCAGUUCAAGACCUUUUCCCCUCAGCUUGUUCUGAGUGUGAUACAGAAGGCAAAAAAUCAGAAUUCUGGUUCAAAAGGUAACUUUUUUGAUGUUAAUUUUGAUUUUUUAUGUUCAAUGGUUUUUAAAAUUGUAUUAUAAUUACUUUUUAGUGCUGGACAGGAACGAAUUGUCAUUGUUUUUAUCGGAUUCUGACUUGAAGCGUUUGUCAAGUUACACUAAGAACUUGGCUGAUUACUCUUUCAUUGUUGAUCUACUUCCUCAAAUCGCAUCGCUCUACUUCAACGACCAGUUGAAAGAUGUAAGUAACUACAAUAGUUAAUGAUUUUUUAAAUAUUACUAUACUUUUUAAGAAUAUUACUCAAGAUUUACUACCUUUAGGUGGAGUUGAAUGCAUUACAAUCGGCUUCGUUAAUUGCUAUGGGAUUGCAACGAAAAAUGGCAGAAGAUGUGGCCAAGGAUCUGGGUAUAGAAGUUAGUCAACUGAUGGCACUUUUCAAUAAGUGUGCCAGGAAACUGUCUGAUUACUUCGACGAAUUGUGCAAAAGCGCGAUUCAGAUGCCACAAUCAGUAGCCGCAGACACGAUGAAGCCGACAGAAAAGUCGUUGAUCGAAGAGCUGAAGGCGGCCGAAAUGGAGAUAAGAAUGCGACAGGCCAAGGACAAAAUGAAUUUGACAGAAUCCCUCGGAUUGUCUUCAAGUUCACUUGACCCAGCUCUUAAACAGUUUGAGAUCAAGGCUGGAGAUGAGGAAUUUGCCAAGGCUGUGAGUGAUGUUCAUCUGAGUCACGCCAAGGGAGGGAUUCUGUCAUUGAAGACAGACAAAGGGUGAGAUUUUAAAGUUAAUUAAAGUAAGAAUUCAAAGUUUGAAAUGAAUAAUAUUAUUUUAGAAAUGUCCCUCGGAAGUCACUGAUAGACACAGAGCUAGAAGAAUCGUUUGGCAACAAGAAGGCCAAGCGGCCAAUGAAGGGCGGAAGCACGAAGAAGGUGAAGAAGUUCAAGAGAAACUAA